UCUGUCAUUCGUUCUUUCGGGGUGCUUGUCUGGUUACAUAUUAUUCAAUACCCUGUAAAUACCACUUUGUGUUGAUAAAAUGGUUUACUUAACGCGUUUCUGUGCCAUUUCGGAUUGAAAGUGAUGUGAGCAAGAAACCAUGUUAACUAUCAAUCAGUGAUUAUUGUACUGGAUAACACAUUGCGUUCUAACAUUAAUAUGGUAUAAACAAGUGUGCAUAGUGCAGUGUCUAUUGCAAUGAGUUCGUCCGACGGAGCGGGCACGCGACUCGGCAUGCAGGCGGCUAUACCAGGUCAGAUAGGUAUGGGGAGCCCGGAUUUCGGUAUGGCCGUGAGUGUGCUGCCGCCGCAGAUGGCCUUCGACAUGCACGCCGUCAGCUGCGGCGAUUCCUCCUCGGAGUCGCGCUCGCCGGACCUCCCACCGGCCAAGGCGAGCGAUCGCGAGUCGCGCAUCAUAGCCGAGAAGCAGCGCCGGAGCCAAUACAACUCCCAAAUCCAAGUGAUGACGUCCUUGUUGACGGACAUCGUGCACUCGCAGCGCAAGGUGGAUAAGACGAGCGUGCUGCGUCUCGCCGCCAACAAGCUGCGUAACGAGCAUGUGUUCGGCGACACCAUCACGUGCGGCCAUGUCGAGUCUUGGUCUCCCGCCUUUCUAAAAUUUUUUGAUCUCCUCGGCGGCUUUAUGAUAUCGGUCACGUGCCGUGGCCGUAUUUUUAACGUCUCCCCUAACGUACAAGAGAAGCUGGGCUAUUGUCAUGUUGACCUCUUGGGCCAAGAUAUAUAUAAUUAUAUACAUCCUGAAGACGCAGCAAUUCUACGUCAGCAUAUCUAUCCUCCUGAACUUCAGAAGGGAUGUGACAAUGCAUUCAUAGAGCAGCGCCAUAAUUUUACAAUUAGGAUAGUAAGGGCCGGGGCUAGAUCCGAUCCACCCAGGUACGAGAGGUGCAGACUAGAUGGUACCCUUAGACGUGCAGACAGAGCCACUGCAGUAGGGGUCCAGGAUGAGCAAAUUAUUAGAAGGCAACGAGUCAGGCACAACCGCACAUUUUCAUCAAGUGGAAAUGAUUUUGUUUUUAUUGGCAUGGUACAUGUUGUGACAAAUAACAUGCCGGCUCGCAUCAUGUUGCCCACAGCCUACUCAGAAUACUGGACUAGGCAUCUGAUAGACGGCCGCAUAGUGCAAUGUGAUCAGAGCAUAUCCCUGGUGGCUGGGUACUUGACAGAGGAGGUUACAGGCACAUCUGCCUUCUUUUUCAUGCACAAAGAUGAUGUGCGAUGGGUAAUUUGUGUCCUACGGCAGAUGUAUGAUCAAAGUCGGGAAUUUGGCGAAUCCUAUUACAGACUAAUGUCUCGCACUGGCCAGUUCAUAUACAUGAGAACUAGAGGUUUUUUGGAAAUAGACAGGGACACAAAGAAAGUACAAAGUUUUGUAUGUGUUAAUAGUGUAAUAGGGGAUGACUAUGGCCGUAGAAUGAUGGAAGAGAUGAAACGAAAGUACUCUGUGAUAGUGGAUAUGAGUCAGGAGCAAAAUGAAAAGGUCACAGUUAGUGAUGAUGCACCAGUAGAACACCCCAAAAAGCUGGAGCGUAUUGUAAUGCAUCUAGUAGAGCCUUCCGCCAUUGAGGGAUCUGAAGAGCUAAAGCUGGUGCCUCCUUCGAAGGAGAACAUUAUUUCUGCCAUUAAAAAUAGUGAGAAGAUAGUGGAAGAGUCAGGUGUGAGGUUUGACUGUCGGAAACGAAAAAUUAACUCUUUCCAAAGUGACCAAAGUGAAACUUUAAAAAGGCACAGUGGACUUAUGGAAUAAUUUGAUCUGUUUAUAGACAUUCACAGAUGUAAGUUAACUAAGUAAAGACAUUCCUCGUAGGGAUGAUGACCAAUGUUCAUAUUUUCCGGCAGCAAUUUGAUCCUCUAGUUUUUUAUUUAAGUUUAGUCUCUGACGUGACUGAUCUCAGAGCAAUCAAAAAAUAUAGAUAUAGUUAAUUGUUUUCAAAUUUCGUAUUAAUGUAUUUUUUAUAGAUUUUUAUUUCACUUGAUAUUUUUCUUUGACUGGCUAAAAUUCAAUAUUUUAGUACCUAAUUAUGAAGAAUUGAAUAUAACUGAAACUAGAUGUUAUUAAUAAGCUUUGUAUGUAAUUUUAUACAUCAAUGGGAGAGUUAUGUUAAAUGUAGGUAUUAAGGAAAUCUAUGUGGCGUUCAAUAAUGAGUUUUUGAAAUGAACAUUAUUUGUAUAUAGCAAGGUUGUUAUUGCAACUGAAUUGAGUGAGAUUUGAGCUAGAUUUCACUCAAUUGUAGAAGGAUGCAUGUACCUAUAUAUUGUACCUUUUGGUGUAUAUAAUACACUCGGUAGUAUCUGAAUACCAUAGAUAUUGGAACCAACUGCUAAUUCUCAAGCCAAUACUAAGUAUAGGCAAACUAAGUAGGGAGGCAAUAAGAGUUGGUUAUUAUUUUGUUGUUGAAUGUUUUUGUUACCAAGUCCAUUAGAUAAAGCUGCAUUGGUUUGAAGAACACCUCAUUUUGAAUGGGAUACUAAGUCACAACUUGUCCUGAGCAAAAGAACUAUGUAAAUAACACCUGAUGAAAAAAAACAACAAAAUAAAAAUCAACUGAUCAAAGAUAUUUCUGCAUUUUUGCCUUGUCAUAAUGGGGUUGGUAAUUGUCAAACGUUUGCUUAGAUGACACAAUCAUAGCUUGCCCGUGCCUCUUGUUCAGCUUAAAAGGCUGGACGAAAAAAAAAAUGUAAAAAAAAAACAAAGGAAGGUGGCGCCAUUUGUUCAAUACUUGACCAACUGGCUAACUCCACUGAAAUGUUAUACAUGUGAAAAUGUAAACAUAUCUUUGAUAUCAAUUUACCUACUCAUAUUCCAUUAACAGCACAUCAUUUUAUGGCGAAAGUUGAAGAAUACCUACACUUUGCCAUUGUUAUGAUUUAUAGUACAACUACAAUACAUAGUACAAUUCACUAUCAAUAGUAAUGUAGGUAGGUGUGUCAGAAACGUAAUGAACUAAUGUUUAUAAGUUUCUUGUUCAGUUGAUUUUAAUCUUGUAAUAAAAGACUCUGCAAAUA